AUGCGAUACGCGAGCAAGGCCGCCGAGAGCGCGUCCGCACGUCUCUGUGCGGACGCCAAAGCAGAAACCACAGCAACUGAUGUCUCAUCGGUUGCUGAAGCGACCCAGCCUGUGUCACUUGGUGAUGGAGGCGCUGGUCAUGAAGCCACUCAUGUCUUCACAGAGUAUGAGCUCGGUGUCUCAUACUCUCCUGAUACGGAAGACGGAUCCGUAUCGACGGCGAUUGAAUCCAAGCCGCCUGCCAAGCGUGGCAUGAACGAUGCUUUGCGUCGCAGCAUCUUUGGUUCAUCUGACGAAUCAGAUGAAUCAUCGCCGAAGCGAAGGCGCUCGAAGUCGCGAGACUCGGCGCUAAUAGUGGAAGAGCGGGACCGCAAUGUGUUGCGUCUCGCUCCUGAUAAGAAGGCAUGGAUGCCUCCCAAAUCCGUCAUGGAUCACUUGUCAACGACGAUGAGUGAUCGUUAUUGA